AUGAGUCGCCCAACCCAUUUGGGUGUUCUUUGUGUUGAUGUGAAUGAGUUACUACGAGCCCACAACCGAUUGAAAGUAAAACGGCGUGAUAAUAUGUUGUUGUAUCGCAAAUCAUAUCUUAUCACCGAUCCGCUGCCGCCCACGACUACUCCACACUCAUCUGUGGGUAAACGAACACCGUCUAACUCCCCAUCACGUAACUCUAAUGCCGGUACACGAUUAAGCCGGAAGAGUAGUACCUGCACACCGAGGAGACACAGAGGAUCAAGAAGAAGAAGUAGUAGCAGUAGAAGGAAAAGAGGAGAUAAAGAUCAAAGUGAUAAUGAUAGUGAGUCUGGUGCAUAUCCGCUUGAGUCUGAGGUGCAUGAAGUAGCAUUAAUUACCAGCGGUGUAUCUACACCCAAGAGAUCCAGUAGUAAAAUAGAUUCUGCUCGCAGAAAACCGUACAAGAUGAUUACCGCAACUCCAGAGGAAGAGGGAAACAAUUGUAGUACAUCUGUUUCUGGCUGGCACAGUAAAAAACGUAUUUCCUCACCAUUACAAGGAUCACAUGAUGGACACGAACAAGAAGGAUUAGAGACUUCACAGAGAGAUCAUCAUGUCACCUUAGAGGGUUAUUUUAUUCCAGGAAAUAGUCGUGAUCAUGUGGAAGGAAAAGUGAAUGAGUCAAAGAUGCAAGAUCAAGAACGACCAGGAGAGUAUAAAUACAGUCAAGAUAAUCAAACAGAAGAGAAGAAACAAAAAGAACAAGAAGAAGAAGAAGAAGAAGAACAACAACAACAACGGUCUCAGUUAUCAUCUUCUGAUCCACGUUCAAGUAUAUCGGAAUCUGCUCAACGAACCAUUAAUUCUCUUUUAGCAUCUAUGCAACAGCGUGUUUGGGAAAAUGCCCACAAAAUGCGUUCAUCCCCAUUGGGAAGCUACCGUGAAAGUGAGAGAGUUAAAUAUGGGAGGAGUAACUAUGAUGGAGAUUAUGAAUACAGUCGAGAAGAAGAAAAUAACAGCAAGACGAAUAGUAGUAAUCCUGAAAAUAGUUCAGAUACUCUUCAUGUGACGAUGGUUGGUCCAAUGGGAGUGGGUAGUGUACCACCCUCACCAAACCCAUGGUCCCGUCCACGAAUUCAGUCUCUUUCUCCCUCUCGUCGUUCACCAAUUCCCACAAAUAAUGCGAUGGCUGCUAUCUGUAAUACACCACACCAUCAUAUGCUUGACAAGAAUGGUAAAGAGAGGGUUUUGGUAAUGGGAGUUGUACCGACAAUACCCAAACCUGUUGUUAAACCACCACUUCGUGCAGUACGAGAAGGUGCGACAACGACGACAACAACGACGACGACAUUACCACCAGUUUUUCGAAGAGUCGCACGUGUUGCUGCGGCACCCAGCAGAAGACCUAAACGUUUUUGA